AUGCUACAGGACACAGCAGACAAAACUGAGAAACAUGUCAGCAGUUUCCUACAGAAUAUGGAAACAAAGGAGGAGGUUGUAUCAGCUGUGGCGUUGGUUCUGGAAAGACUAGCUUCAGUUGCAGUAGCAAAAGCUCUUGCAUCUCCAGAGAAUCGAUCUCAGACCGUGGUGACUGACUCAACGGUGAUCCAAACACACAUCAUUAAUGAAGAGGACAUUUUAAAAAUCAAAACUAUCCAGUUAGAAGCUCAAGGAGACCAAAUGGCUAUUGAUCCCAGAGCAGUGAUUGACAGGACCAACCAAGGCCCUGUCGCUGCGGCUUUUGUAUCAUACAGUGGGCUGGAAACACUCCUGAAUGGUACUUUUCUGCAGAACGAGACUUGGCAGAGCAGCGGAAAUCUGGAAAAAAGCUUCCAUUUGAACUCCAGGGUGCUAAGUGCUUCUACCAGCAGCUGGACGAGGAAUAUUUCCAGUCCUGUCAACCUUACUUUUCAACACCUGGUGAAUAAAGUUCCCCAGGAAAAAGCGGUUUGUGUCCACUGGGACUCUGCAAGCAGAAGUGGUGCCUGGUCCCCUGAGGGCUGCUGUCUCAUCCAGUCUAACAGCACUCAUUCAGAAUGCAGCUGUCAAUACCUGUCCAACUUUGCUGUGCUGAUGGCCUCCACUCCCAAGCAGGGAGCUCUGAUCCUCUCCAUCAUCAGCUACAUUGGACUGAUCAUCUCGCUCAUCUGCCUCUUCCUGUCCAUUGUUACCUUUCUCUUUUGCCGCUCCGUCCAAAACAGCAGCACCUUCAUCCACCUGCAGCUGAGUUUGUGCCUCUUCUUUGCAGACCUCCUCUUCUUAAUCGGAAUUGACAAAACAUACAACAAGAUCCUGUGCUCGGUCAUAGCUGGGACACUGCAGUACCUCUUCCUGGCCUGUUUUGUGUGGAUGUUCUUGGAAGGCGUGAACCUCUUCAUCAUCGUCAAGAACCUGAAAGUGGCAAAUUACAGUGGUGCCAGCAAGUGCAUGAAGAUAUCCAUGUACCUCUGUGGCUAUGGGCUCCCUGCCAUGAUAGUAGGCAUUUCUGCAGCAAUUUCACCCGGGUCCUAUGGGACCCAUUAUCACUGCUGGCUUAACAAUGAGAAAAGUUUUAUCUGGAGCUUCCUGGGACCUGUCUGUGCCAUAAUUGUGGUCAACAUUGUGUUUUUCUGUCUUAUUCUGAAGAUCUUGCGUGAGAAGCUUGCAUCUCUCAAUUCAGACAUAUCUACCCUCAGAAAUACCAGGUCACUGACAUUUAAGGCAAUGGCCCAUGUAUUCAUCCUGGGUGUGACUUGGUGUCUAGGCCUCUUUCAGUUUGGCCCUCUGGCUGAGGUAAUGGCAUACCUGUUCACAAUCACCAACAGUGUGCAGGGAUUCUUCAUCUUCCUGGUGCACUGCUUGCUGAACAAGAAGGUGAGAGAAACAUACUGGCAAUGGAUUUGCUGGAAGAAAGAUAUCCCACCUGUUUCUGAGAUGACUAUGACUUCUUUCCCUGUCAGCAGUGCAACGAAAAAUGAGGAAAGCACUGCUUCAGGGAAACAACAGAAGAUGGAAGAGCCAUAAUCCAGUACCGUGUUUUGGUAUCUAUCUCCCAUGUCCAAAGUACAACAGAAUGAAACUGGACAGACUACAGGAAUGUUUCGGAU